AAAAGAUAAAGAGAAGGAAAAACAAAAAGUAGAGAGAGAAAGACAAUACAAGAUUAUCUUGUCUGCAUUAUCAAAAAUUCCAUAUCCUACAGGUAGGUACAUGGAUAUGCAUAUAUAUAAAUAGAGGCAGCUCCAACAGAGUAGAAAAGAGGCAACACUAGAAAUGAAGGGUUCUGGGUAAUGUUUAGAAGCCCUUUUCAUGUACCAGGAGAAAUGGGUGGUAAACAGAUAGGAUUGUUCGUCAUAUUUUUCACUCACUUGCAAUACUUUUUAACAUCUUCAUCUCCACUACUUCACAAGGCCUUUGUUUCAGAUCCUCUGCAGGAGCAUAAGGUGGGAUUUACAGGUAGACAUGAACAUGACAUCAAUGGUGAUGGUGAUGGCAACAGAAGAAGUGGCAUAGUGCAUAGCAACAAAUUUGCCCAUGGAGGUGUAAAUGGUGGUAGAUCAAAUGGUGGUGCUGCUAAUAAUGGUGGUGGGUCAACUGGUGCAGCUGGUGCUGCUAAUAAUGGUGGUGGGUCAACUGGUGCAGCUGGAAUUGAAAAUGGAAAUGGCAAUGGCAACAGCAACGGACAAGGAGGCGCAGCAGUAAUCCCCGUUAUUGUUGCUGGUGCUGCUAAUAAUCGCCACCCGAACAGCCACCGUGGUGCUGCCAGCAGCAACAGGAACGCCGUAGGAUUUCCUGCCAUGAUUAUGAUCACCUUGGCAACUUUCAUUGUAAAUUUAAGUGUGGAUUUCAGUUACAGAAUUUAGAUUAACCAAUUAAUUGUGAGAUGCGGGAUAGAUGCCUAUAUUUAUGCACAAGGUAUGUUUGUAACACGUCUUUCUGUGAUGUAAAGUUCAUGUACAAGUCAAGAAACCUGUGCUGCAUAGUUUGUCAAUCAUAAUAAAGAAAAAUAUUAGUUUGCAAAAUGAAAAA